AUGGAUAAUCAAUUACCAUCAAUAAUGGUGCCUCCCGAAUAUGACGAGGAAUUGAAUCAUUUGUUUUUUAUCAAAAAUGUACGAAAUGGUAGUGGUAUGAAAAAGUCUGAUUUACACCAAAAUUUUUAUAGUAUUUAUAAAGCCUUCGUUGAAAAUCGGCAAAAUUUAAUCAAUGAAUUGAGAAAUAUAGCAGAUGAGUCGGUAUGUGUUAAAAAAAGUUGUACCAUUUCUACAAUCACGGGAAGUUCAGUUGGUAUUGCUGGUGGUACUGCAGCAAUUGCUGGAACUAUUGUAUAUCCACCGUUACUUGUUGGAGGAUUGGUUAUUGCUGGGCUUGCUACGGCUACAAAUUUGGGGACGCAACUGACCGAAUUCAUACUUUUUCGAAAUAUGGUCAAGAAGGUGGAAUCACUGUCAAAAUAUGAUAUCGAACUGAUGCACGAUAUUGAAGACAUUUAUCAAGAUGCGCUGAAUUCUAACUUGUUUGAAGUAAACGAACAAGCAGAUAGAACUUUCCGGACCAUGGAUACUGCAACAAAUGACCUCCCAUCAUUGGGACUUCAAAUUGGCGCCAGUGGUGCGAAAAGUGCAACCGCUUUAGGCUUGCGAAGUGUUGGAAUUCAAGUGAGUCAGAUUGGAAGCACACUGAUGCGGGGCAUUGCACGUGGUGCCAUUGGGAUUGGUAUUAUUAUUGACGGUGUGACGAUGUUUAUAUCAGCGCGUGACAUAGCAACAGGUUGUUCAACAAAAUUUAGUGAUUGCUUAAAUAAUCUUGCGGAUUUCAAAGAAAAAGAAUUAGGGCAAAUUAUGACUAGAAUUGAUUUAAGCAAUUUACUUAUAGAAGAGUAA